CCUAUUGUUAAUUCACACAUCAUAUCUGUUUAUUAGGCUAUUGGACAGCGCGAUGAAGAAGAAAUAGGAAUUCGGUUCAAAUAUUGUUUAUUCCAAAUCGGAGUUAUGCUGCCAUUUCAUUUGUAGGCUUCCCCAUCGAAUAAAGGGUGUAGGUUUAGUAUAGCCUUCAACCCCUUAAUACUGUAUUGUCACAAAGCCGUCCGUUCCAGCCAGUGAUUAGCAGAAUGACUGAUCCAAGCAGCAACACGGACUUUAUGGCUGGCUACUCCGGUAUCACCAGACCAAAUGUAGCUGGCAGUGGGUUACCUCAUCGGACGGUGCUGAACUCCCCGCCUCCUCCAGGCAGACUGACGUCUCUGCGGUCCCGAGACCUGACUCUGGGCGGGUUCAAAAAGAAAACCUUCGUACCCAAUGUCCAUUCUCUGAGGAAGAGUAAAGAUGAGUUAAAGGAAGAGGCCCAUGUUGCACCAAAGAAGGAGAGAAGAGUGAGGGAGGAGAGGCACAGGGAGAGAAGAGAGCGCCCCCCUCAGAUCAUUCAGUCCCACUCCAUCUUUGAACAGGGUCCUGCAGACACAGUAAAGAAACCAGGGGGGUGGAGAGGGACCGACCUUACAGACAGCAGAUCCUCUCCUGUAGCUAAGUGUUUUAAGAAGGAGAGACGUGCCUCAGAAGAAAACGAUAAUGAUAUGUUACACAAGCUUCAACGGGAUGAUUUUUUGGAUGAUCCUGGUUUGAAAAAUGAUGCCAAGAACAAGCCAAUUCAACUGCCACUGUAUCAAUCUAGCAACUUCCUGAUAACAGAGGCAACAACUCCAUCAUUUAGAGCCCCUGCUACUACUAACCCAAACAGGGUUGGAGCAGGACAUCAGUACGGACCAGGCCAGAUCCCUCAGUAUAGACCAGGCCAGGGGGUCCUGAGCCCUGACCAGCCCUCUGUAGCAGAGCUCUUCCACCAGCUGAUGGUUUCAGAGACAGAAGAAUUGCUUUUCAUCCAGCUACCUGAUACUAUCCCUGGCCAGCCAACCACAGCCUCCAUCCCAAGCCAGCCAAUCACAGCCCCAGAAAGAAAUUGUAAAAAAGACUCCAAGUCCGACGGCAAGCGCACCUCUCACAUUAAAGCACCAGAUGCUGCUGGUAAAGACGUUCCUGUCCUGUCAGAGUUCACAGAGGGGUUUCUGGGUAAACUACAGAUCAGGAAGUCUGGCAAGGUGCAGCUGGUGCUGGGAGACGUCACUAUGGACGUCUCAGAGGGAGCUGCCUUCUCUUUCCUACAGCAACUGGUGUCUGUGCGUCUGUCUGAGGGCCUGACUGGAGACAUGAGUAUCCUGGGGAACGUCAAGCACAAGCUGGUCUGCUCUCCAGACUUCCAGGCUCUGCUACAGGAGCCAUCACCUGACCACUCAGCACAUCUCUAACUUAUAUUCAGUACACCUUUUUCAGCAUUAACUGUGUAGACAUUGUACAGUUUUAUUACACGAUGUGAGGAUUAACUGUGUAGAUAUUGUACAUAGUUUACUUUCAUCAUACAGCGUUUAUGUACCUUGUCGAUUUCCUCCCAAUUUGUUUUCACUGUAUAAACAUUGUGUAUAAUAUGAAGUCUUUUUUUUAUGUACGUAAAUGUUUAUUUAAUAAAAAUUAGAUACAAAA